AUGAAAAAUGAAGCUACUCUUUCCCAAUGUCGAAAUCGGAUUGGAGUGGCCAAACACACGCACCGAAGACGAACUGACAAGAUCCCCACUCGUGCUGAGGAGGUCCCAGAGCAUACCACCAAGCACGAGUGGAUCCAGUGCAUGACAGACUUCAGAAAGCUGGUCUUUGAAGCCGAGGCAAACUAUCCCGUGGCCCCUAGAACCAAGGUCAGCGAGAUGAUCAAACCAAUCCAGAUUGCGAUCAUCGAUGAUGGAGUUGACAUGAAUGAUCUCGACUACCAUUUUACAGGUGGCAGAAGCUUUUGCGUACGCUCUGAACACCGAGGCCUUCUUGAUCCAUAUUACAUGUCUCGAACUGGUCACGGAACUAUCAUGACGAAGAAUAUACACCUCAUGUGUCCGCAUGCAUCUCUCUUCAUACUUAGACUUGAGGAUACUCCCUCUGAAGAUGGAACCAAGCUGAACAUCACCGCCCGAAGUGCCGCAAAGGCCAUUCGUGCAGCGAUAGUACAAGGAGUCCAGAUCAUCUCCAUGUCAUGGACCAUCGAUCCACCCAAGGACGACAGAGAACGACAAGACCUCGAGAACGCUGUUGUCGAGGCUGCCAACGCCAACAUCCUCAUGUUCUGCUCAGCAAGGGACAAAGGAGCCCACAACGCCCCAACAUACCCCUCCAAAGCAACAACCAAGAUCUUCACCAUCGGCGCCGCAAACUCCUCAGGUGCAAGUGUAGACUACGUCGGUAAUGCCUCUGAGCUCAGCUACACUUUCCCCGGCGAUAAAGUCGAAGUCGACAGCGGUCCAGGCAGAAGAACUCCCCCAGAGAUGGUGGACGGGUCAUCUGUGGCGACUGCAUUGGCAGCUGGUCUCGCAGCGUUGAUACUGUAUUGUAUCCAAGUUAGGAUAUUUCUUGCCAAGGACUCCGAGAAGCAGAAGGCUCGGGAGGAUUAUAGGAAGGUGAAACAGCAUGACUGGAUGGUAAAGGCGUUUGAUGCUAUUGAGACGACAAAGGAGAGUAAUCACAAGUUUCUCAAGGUCUGGGAGAUGUUUGGGAAAUGUGUUGAGCAGAAAGAUCAGAAGCCACAGGGGGAAUGGCUUCAGCUGGUGGCUGACGUUGGAACGAGGUUAUGUGUUAAGAUCUACUAA